UUACUCCUAAUUGAGUCUUGUUUGGGUCAAAUCUUAUUCUUUAGACUUAUUCAUAAAAUCUAGCAUUUUUACUAUUCUAUGAAAUAUAAUUCACUCAAAAUUGUGUUUACAAUAGAUGAAGAUUAUAAAAAAAGAUUUAUUUAGAUUGUAUUGAGUUCCAUUUAAGUUGAUGUAAAGGAAAAUUAGUGAUUGGUCUAAAUUGGUCGAAAUUGAGUCUUGUUUGGGUCUAAAUUGGUCUAAAAUGUAGAGUUAAGAAGUGUCCUAUUUGUUUUACAAUUGAUAUGGAGAUUCAUUCAAAAAGAUGGUUUAAGUUGAUGUAAAAGAAAAUUACUGGUCGAUUGAAGCAUAUAGUAAGAAUUAAACCUAGGUAGGUAGGUAGGGAGAGACAGUAGUCAUCAUGUCCGGGCUGUAUAAUCAUCCCAACAACUUCUCUCCGGUCAGAGCCGCUUCUCCUCAGAUUAGACCUUCAGACAUGGACAGUCAGUAUCUUUCCGAGUUGCUUGCGGAGUAUCAGAAACUUGGACCCUUCAUCAAAGUUCUUCCCAACUCCAGUCGUCUCUUGAAUCAAGAAAUUGUAAGAGUUUCUAGAAUGUUGUCCAAUCAAGGUUUUGGUGACUUAGACAGACUGCGCCACAGAAGCCCUAGUCCUAUGGCUUCUUCAAACCUCAUGUCCAAUGUCACUGGGACAGGGAUGGGUGGAUGGAAUAGUUUUCAGCAGGAGCAGAGAUUAUGUGGAGCUCCUGGGCUGGCAAUGGACUGGCAAGGCGCGCCUGCAAGCCCUAACUCAUACACCGUUAAAAGGAUUUUGCGCUUGGAAAUUCCAGUUGAUACAUACCCCAAUUUUAAUUUUGUUGGAAGACUUUUGGGACCUAGAGGAAAUUCUCUGAAACGGGUAGAAGCUACUACAGGUUGCAGGGUGUUUAUUAGAGGACAGGGAUCAAUAAAGGAUCCAGACAAGGAAGAAAAAUUGAAAGGAAGACCAGGAUAUGAGCAUCUCAAUGAGCCACUCCACAUAUUGAUUGAGGCUGAUUUACCUGCUAAUAUUGUUGACAUGAGGCUUAGGCAGGCUCAGGAAAUUAUAGAAGAAUUGCUAAAACCUGUGGAUGAGUCAGAGGACUUCAUCAAGAGGCAGCAGCUGCGGGAAUUGGCAUUGCUGAAUUCAAAUUCUAGAGAAGAGAGUCCUGGGCCAAGCGGAAGUGUAUCUCCGUUCAAUUCUAGUGGAACAAGUGGAAUGAAGCGAGCAAAAACGGGUAGAUGAAAGGUUGUGUUAGAUGGGUAUUUAGUUUUGCAGGCAGGGAAUGCAGCUACGAAAGAAUUGGUGGCUAGCAUUUAUGUUGUUAAACAAGAGGAAGCAAUGGGAGAAAACGAUAAAAUAAUAAUGAAUAGGGUUGUUGCGAUGUAUUGGAUUUAUUCUUGUGGAGUAUAGAAAUGAUGGAUGAAGUUUGAGGUCUAAAUGGACCAAAGUUUUGUUGGCAUGUGACUUGUCAAGAGUCUCCUGAGUGGGUCAUUAAAGUAAAGAUUUACAAGGUUAGAAGCUGUUUGUAUUUCCUUCCGAAUAGUAUAAUGCACCCAUCUGUGUGGCAUUUGUUGCAGUUGGAACUAUGAAUGAAUGUCAUGCCAUGUGUGUGGCAUUUGUUGCAGUUGGAACUAUGAAUGAAUGUCAUGCCAUGUGUGUGGCAUUUGUUGCAGUUGGAACUAUGAAUGAAUGUCAUGCCAUGUGUGUGGCAUUUGUUGCAGUUGGAACUAUGAAUGAAUGUCAUGCCAUGUGUGUGGCAUUUUCUCGAAAUAGAUACUAAUUGUUUUUAUA